AUAUCAAUCAGAACCAGAGAAUGAAAGACAGGAUGGCAGAACCAGACAUCUUUGGUGUCCAACUAGAGGUGACGAGUCGUCUCUUAGAUGCCGAGAAGAGAAGAUUACAGGUCCUGUCUAAAGAGCUGAGAUCCAAACAACCUGAUGUCGUCCAAGAAUAUCAAGAUGCACGGAAGCAAAGAGACUUUGAAAGACGGAAAGCUUAUCUUGCACGCCUUCAAUUACAGCAUGAUGUGCUUGAGAGAGAAUUCCGAGAUGCAGCAUUGGGAAUGUACAAGAGAUAUCACAGGGGAGCUAAGUCACAGAGGAGCCUUCCCCAUCUUGGCAUCAAACAGACGAACAAAAACAGAGCUAAUCUAUCAAGGUCAUGGCUAAUAUCUGGGGCAGGACCCAAAACAGGAGGACUUGCUGUCAUCCAGGCCACCUCAAACAAGGAUGUAUCCCUGGUUGGUGACUGCUCUGGAGUUUUGGUCAUAUUCCUUGGUUUACCCGUGGACUACUGA